GCAGACUUCAUCACAGCAUGACUCAAUUCAAAUUUUCCUGUCGGAAUGGACCCUGAAAGGGCAAUUGACAGAGUUGAUUGUCCAUCAAUCUCCAAACCCUCUGCUACGCCAACAUUUCGUUGUCAACAAUAGCCAUGUUUCUCAGACCAAGACCCUUCUUCUCCUUUCCCGGCACCAAGGUAGCUCUCCCGCCGGUGCUACUCAACACUCCACGCUCCUUCUCAAGCUCCAGCCUCCUAUCCUCUCGACAGAAGGAUCAAACCAUACCCAACACAUCGAUCAAGGUCUUCCGCGAGAUCCCCAAUCUCCGCCAAUGGCGCCGCAAACAGCUCCACGACUACCGCUCCGUCGGUCUCGUGCCCACAAUGGGAGCCCUCCACGAAGGCCAUCUCUCACUCAUCCGCCUGGCGGCCGCGGAGAACUCGUCAGUAGUGGUCAGUAUCUACGUCAAUCCGACUCAAUUCGGCGUCCACGAAGAUCUAGAUAGCUAUCCAAAGACGUGGACGAAGGAUAUUGAGAUGUUGAGAGAUCUUGAUAGGGAACUUGCUGCUGAUGGAGGGAAUUUGGGAAAGAUUGCCGCAGUAUUUGCACCAACCACUGAGGAGAUGUAUCCCAGUGGACGGCCGAGUCAAGAGAUUGACGGGAAAGGAAGUUUUGUUACGAUUACGCCUGUUGGAGAAGUGCUCGAGGGUGCGAGUCGGCCGACUUUCUUUCGAGGGGUGGCUACAGUUUGCAUGAAGCUAUUUAAUAUUGUGACGCCAGAGAAGGUGUAUUUUGGACAGAAGGAUGUACAACAGACGGUGGUGAUCAAGAAGAUGGUCAAAGAUUUUUGCAUGGAGACCCAGGUCGUUGUUGGCGAGACGCAACGAGAACCUGAUGGGCUGGCAAUGAGUUCGAGAAAUGUAUAUUUGGGGACCAGACGACGGCGAGUUGCUACAGUUUUGUCGAAAGCACUGAGGGUAGUUGAGACGGGAUACCUGCGAGGUUACAGAACGAGAGACGAACUGCUUGGACCCGCAGGAGAAUUGGCAAAGUUGCUUUUGAUGGAGCAACGUCAACUCAAACCCGAGGAACGGGUGAAGUUUGAGAUCGACUACAUCUCUUUGGCAGACCCAGAGACGAUGCAGGAAGUGGAAGAAGUCGAUGAAGCCAAGGGAGCGAUCCUCAGUGGUGCUGUGAAAAUGCUCCCGGUUGAGGCGCCGCAACCUGAUGAGGACCUCGGGUUAUCUGGCGGACCUUCAGUGAGGUUGAUAGAUAACAUCACCCUCAAGCCUGUAAAGUUAUAAUUGGAGAGGAUCGAUGCUGGACCAAAACGGUCUGAAAUGAUAUUCACGAGUUUGAAACUAAACUCGACUCGGUGACACAUCUGUUUUGCAUUUCUCUGGGGUACAACGGAGGGUGAGUACCCAUUCGCCUUUUUAAAAUCUUAAAAUGAGAACUUUAUUCUAUUCCGGC